AUGGCCCCCAACGACUACAGUCCUGCCAGGGACAUCCCACCCUUGGACGGCAAGGUUAUUCUAAUCACUGGCGGCAACAUUGGUCUCGGAAAGCAAUCAGCCUUGGACCUCGUAAAGCAUAACCCUGCCGAAAUCUGGCUCGCUGCCCGCAACUCCCAAAGGGCCGACGCCGCCAUCACCGAACUCAAAGAGACAGCGCCUCAAGUGUCUGUCCGGUUCCUCCAACUCGACCUGGGCUCCUUCGACUCCGUCAAAAACGCCGCUCGCACUUUCACGUCCUCUGUCCCACGUCUCGAUAUUCUCCUCCUCAACGCUGGCGUCAUGGGUUGCCCACCAGGCCAAACUAAGGAAGGCUACGAGACGCACUGGGGAAUCAACCACGUUGGUCACGCCUUAUUUCUCAAGCUUCUAACUCCCUUGCUUCUCAAGACAAGGGUCGAGUCUCGAUCCGAGGUGAGGAUCGUCUCGGUCAGCUCUGUCGCCCAUAAGUUUAGCGUUUCGGGCGGCGUAAAAUUCGACAUUCUCAAAGCCAAUGGAGGAGGGGAGUCGCCCAACAAUCUAUACGGCCAGAGUAAACUUGCAAAUCUCAUAUACGCCAAGGAGUACGCCGAGCACCAUCCGGAGUUGACAUCAGUGUCCAUCCAUCCCGGUACUGUCAAGACGGAUCUUCAAACCUCUGGCGGGAAUCUGCUCAUGCGAGGCUUCCAAAAGUUCAUUGUUCCGCUCAUAGGAGUUGAAGUGGAAGAGGGUGCCAAGAGUCAGCUGUGGGCAGCAACCGCCAAGGGUGUUGAGAGUGGAGAGUACUAUGAGCCUGUUGGGGUUGCUGGGCGAGGUAGUGCAUUGUCCAAGAACAAGGAAUUGGGAAAGAAGCUUUGGGACUGGACAGAGAAGGAACUUGCGGCAUGUUGA